GGUGUAACCGGAGGACUUCAGCAGCGUUUAAACAGCUGCGCCUGAGACACGGUGGAAACCGGGGCUGCUGCUCCACCAGGACGCCACCAUGUUCCUGCAGAAGGUGAUGUUGCAUCUGUACCUGCUUUACACGUUCUGCUUCAUGGUGGGGCUCAACAUCAUCCUGUCCAUCCUGCACUUCAUCAGUCCGAGCCUCGCCAAGAAGAUCAUCCUGAAAUGGGGUGAAAAGACCACCAUGACCCAGAACCCCAAGUUUAAGUACGAGGACUGGGGUCUCACCUUAAUGUCGUUCAAAUUCAUGGCAACAGUCACCCACCACAUGUGGAUGUCUCUGGGUCAGGAGGCGUUCAGGGGCGAAGCUGCUCCGGACACUCCUGUGUUCACCAUGAAGGGAGAGAAGACGAGCAUCUGCAAGUACAUCAAAGGGAACAGACCGCUGGUGCUGAGCUUCGGGAGCUGCACCUGACCCCCGUUUAUGUACAAACUUGAGGAGUUCAAGCAACUCGUCAAGGACUUCAGCGAUAUUGGAGACUUCCUGGUGGUCUACAUCGCCGAGGCGCAUUCAACAGAUGGUUGGGCCUUCACCAACAACAUCGACAUCAACCAGCACCAGAGCCUGGAGGACCGGAUGUCUGCGGCUAAGAUCCUGAUCCAAGAGGAUCCUCUGUGUCCCGUGGUGGUGGAUGACAUGAGCAACAUCACCGCCAUCAAGUACGGCGCCCUGCCUGAGAGGCUCUACGUGCUGCAUGCCGGGAAAGUCGUCUACAGGGGAACAGAGGGGCCUUGGGGCUACAGUCCACCUGAGGUUCGAUCUUUCCUGCAGAAGAUGAAAUAAGAAGGUUGUUAAAUCAAACUGAGCCACGUUUUUGCCAUCCGUACCGGCCUUCUAUGGAGGAAUGAGGGGUUCUUUAGGGCAUCUACAUUGUAGUCAACAUGUAUAACUGUUAUAAUCCUCUCAAAUCCAAACACCACGUCUACAUGUAGCUGCGUAGUGCCUCUUUUACAUUCGCCUCAUUGUAACCCCUCGAAAACUUGCACUAAUUUUGCCGUUCGACUCGCCUGCACUCUGACAGAAGACCUCUGAGCUCGAAACCGCCUCUUUGUUUCUUAAUGACGGCUGCAGAUUAAACUGUUGGCCUUUGCAGCCAGAUGAAGUGAAACACUAGAGAGAUGGUGCACUCAGGGUGUGAGAUAUCAGAGUUUGGAGGAGGUGUUCUGUCAGUUCUGUUUAUUUGCCAAGUUGUUGUAAUUUUCUUGUUUAAAACUCCUUAAUAUUCAGUGGAAGUACUUGUUUUCACAUCCAGGGUCAGUUACCAUCAGCGCCACUGUACCCCCAUGUACUGUAUUUAUCACAGCGACUCAUCUGUGUCUCUAAAUUCUUCAAAGUGAUCCCACAGGAGGCUGCUUUUUUACAUGACGAUUACAGUGCAAACCACUGGUAGCUGUAAUUUGAUGGAAGAUUCCUUUAAAAGCAGGCCUUCUCCGAGUUACGAUGGAGCAUUUAGGAUUUGACACGUUCGAUUCUCAGCAAGCAUCUUGCAAAACAAGGUCCUGUGUCAGAAUAAAUCCGCUCUAUUUGGCAUUUAUCAAGGAAUGUUUGCAUUACAUUAGAGAAAUCACGUGGCAGCACGCCAGCAUUCAGUUUCUACUCGUGAAUUAAACCAGCCUAUCGGUGUGCUCCGUAUCCCUCCUGCAAGCUGAAAAACCUGCAGUUAAAUCAGGUUUUUCAGUUCAUGCAUGUUCUGCAUAAGUAUAAAACUAAAAUGCGAUGCAGAAGAACUCUUCGUGCAACACUGUUUGGCUUACUUUUGCCAUUUAAUUGCCACUUCACUGAGCCCUGCUACUAAGAUUUUAACAAACCCCUUGAUGCAUUGCAAAGCUGAAGCGUUCAUUAUUGCCCCACGUUCCUUUAUAGAAAAAGCUCUGAGGGCAUUAAUGUUGACCCACACGAGCGGCCUUCUUCCACGUGAGAUUCUGGCGGUUGUUUGCUGUCUUGUCUGGAAGUGAUAAAUCCCCUGUGUGGUAUGCAGAUUACGCAACUUCGGCAAAUCGUCUGCAGGCACAUAUGUACAUGGGAGUCCUGCAGUGUGGCAUUCAGGCCCUGAUGUGAGUUAAUACCUAACUGUCUUAUCGCUGCACAUUAACCGAUUUUGGCAUCUAGUACCCAUAAAGUUACAUAACAUUUAAAUCAAACGUGUUUUUUUUUCUUUAUUUUUGUGUUCUCAUGGGUUGUGUGUUGGUGACUGAACACAAGGGAUACUGGGAAAUGUUGUCGUUAAAAUGGUCAAAUUUGAAUGUGCCUCAAGAAUAAUCAGACUCUCUAUUGUGCAGCAGUGUAUUAUUUAUAAGUUUAACUGACUAGUUCUUCUUAUCACCAUUAAUAACUGUAAAAAAAAUUCAUGCUCCAAGAAAUUUAAAAAAGCAGCCUUAGUGCAACCAUGACUUAUCUGAUUUGUAUUAAAAGAACUGUAAUAAUAAACCAUGUUGAAGCGAA